AUGUUCACUCAUCCAGUUUCUUCUGUUAGCUAUAAUGACAUCUGUACUAAAUACAUCUUUUCAGAAAAAAUCAAGUUUUUCCAAUCUAAAAUGAAACUUUCUCUGAAAUUGUUGACCUCAUUGUUAACUGUUGCUUCCCUUUCACAUGGUUCUGCAAGUACCCUGGAGAUCAGGCCAUUAAAUGGAACAGCAUUUGCUGAGAUUGACUCUGUUGCAUGUCAAACAAUUGAGGAAUUUGUUCAGACAAACCUUUUGGUUGGAAGUUACAGCAAAUUGCUCCAUCCUCAAAAUUCAUCCCAAGUACCUGUCCUUGAUCAAGAUUUCUCUUUGGUCUGUGACAUUGGACCCUUGGACAUGAUACAUGUCAAAUGGUUUAAUGAACAAGGCAAGAUAACUGCACAUUUCAUCCACUGUCAAGCCAUACACAAAGAAAGCACAAACAGCAAAUAUGCACCCCCAGUGCCUGGGAGAAACAUAACAUGUAAUAGUAAAGAAAGGACAUCAACUCUCACAAUAAGUCCUGUUCAGAUGAGCCUUGAUGGUACCACAGUUGGGUGUUUUGAUCAAGGUGAUGGAGACUUCUACCUGUAUACAUUUACAGUCCAUGUUCCUGUGGAGACAGUUGAAAUAGAAUCAUUUAAUGACACAGACUUGAUUGAGGGAACAGAGAAGAGCUUUGUAUGCCUGGUUGGAAAAUCCAAGCCAUCACCCCAGAUUGAAUGGGUAAUUAAUAAAGAAAGUGGAUCUUCCAGAAAUGUGACUUCCAAUGCCCAAAUCUUUCAUGAGGCAUCAGGGAAGUUCUUCAAAUCAAAAUCAGUUCUGAAACUGACCCUGCACCCAUCUUUCAAGACCCUCCUAUGUAAAGCUACAGUUGCAAAUCUGCCAUGGGUAGAAUCAGCAAAUAUGGAACUGGAUGUUAAGUUUGAUGUUAAAGUAUAUAUCAUAACUGGUUGUCUGCUGCUUGUGGUGGUGUUAGCAAUCUUUGCUGGCUUUCUCUACUGCAGAUGCAAGAGAAAAAAACAAGAUGAAUUGGAAGAAAACCAAGGAUAUCACAUGAUCAGAAAAAACACAUAA